AGCUGAGGUUCCGUACGCCCGAGGUGCGGGCCGCCGGGGGUCCAUGGAGCAGGGCGACGCGGCGCGCCCCGGCAUGGGUCUGGCGGCUCGGGUACUGCCCCCGCGUUUAGUGCUGCCUCUGCGUUUGGUUUUGCUGCCGCUGCUCCUGAGUCGGGGGCUCCGUGCCGUGGCUUGGGCCUCCUCCUCUGGGGCGGCGGCCGAGGACAGUAGCGCCAUGGAGGAGCUGGCCACGGAGAAGGAGGCUGAGGAGAGCCACCGGCAAGACAGCGUGAGCCUGCUUACCUUCAUCCUGCUGCUCACUCUUACCAUCCUCACCAUCUGGCUCUUCAAGCACCGCCGAGUGCGCUUCCUGCACGAGACUGGGCUGGCUAUGAUCUAUGGACUCAUUGUUGGGGUGAUCCUAAGGUAUGGAACCCCUGCCACCAGUGGCCAUGACAAGUCACUCAGCUGCACUCAGGAAGACAGGGCAUUCAGCACCUUGUUAGUGAAUGUCAGUGGGAAAUUCUUUGAGUAUACCUUGAAAGGAGAAAUCAGCCCUGGCAAGAUCAACAAUGUAGAGAAAAAUGACAUGCUGAGGAAGGUAACAUUUGAUCCAGAAGUAUUUUUCAACAUUCUAUUGCCUCCAAUUAUUUUCCAUGCUGGAUACAGUUUAAAGAAGAGACACUUUUUCAGAAAUCUUGGAUCAAUUCUGGCCUAUGCCUUCUUGGGGACUGCUGUUUCCUGCUUUAUUAUUGGAAAUCUCAUGUAUGGUGUAGUAAAGCUUAUGAAGAUUGUGGGACAGCUUUCAGAUAAAUUUUACUACACAGAUUGCCUCUUUUUUGGUGCAAUUAUCUCUGCAACUGAUCCAGUCACUGUACUGGCGAUAUUUAAUGAAUUGCAUGCAGACGUGGAUCUAUAUGCCCUUUUGUUUGGAGAAAGUGUCCUCAAUGAUGCAGUUGCCAUUGUACUAUCCUCAUCUAUUGUUGCCUACCAGCCAGCGGGACUAAAUACACACACCUUUGAUGCUGCUGCCUUUUUUAAGUCAGUUGGCAUCUUUAUAGGCAUAUUUAGUGGUUCUUUUACCAUGGGAGCUGUGACUGGUGUCGUGACUGCUCUAAUAUCUAAGUUCACCAAGCUUCACUGCUUCCCUUUGCUGGAGACUGCACUCUUCUUCCUGAUGUCCUGGAGCACAUUCCUCCUGGCAGAAGCCUGUGGCUUUACAGGCGUUGUAGCUGUCCUUUUCUGUGGAAUCACACAAGCUCAUUACACCUUCAACAAUCUGUCUGUGGAAUCAAGAAGUCGAACCAAGCAGCUCUUUGAGGUGUUACACUUUCUGGCUGAAAACUUCAUCUUCUCCUACAUGGGUUUGGCACUGUUUACAUUCCAGAAGCACGUCUUCAGCCCAGUUUUCAUCAUUGGAGCUUUCGUUGCCAUCUUCCUGGGCAGAGCUGCGCAUAUCUACCCACUCUCCUUCUUCCUCAACUUGGGCAGAAGGCAUAAGAUUGGCUGGAAUUUUCAACACAUGAUGAUGUUUUCAGGCCUCAGGGGAGCGAUGGCAUUUGCACUGGCCAUCCGGGACACAGAAUCCUACGCUCGACAGAUGAUGUUCACAACAACCCUCCUCAUUGUCUUCUUCACUGUCUGGGUCAUUGGUGGAGGUACAACACCCAUGUUGUCAUGGCUGAAUAUCAGAGUUGGCAUCGAGGAACCCUCCGAAGAGGACCAGAAUGGACAGCGCUGGCAGUACUUCAGAGUUGGUGUUGACCCAGAUCAAGACCCACCACCUAACAAUGACAGCUUUCAAGUCUUACAAGGGGAUGUUCCUGAUUUUGCCAGAGGUAACCGGACAAAACAGGAGAGUGCUUGGCUAUUCAGAUUGUGGUACAGCUUUGACCACAACUAUUUGAAGCCCAUCCUUACACACAGUGGCCCACCAUUAACCACCACUCUUCCAGCCUGGUGUGGAUUGCUGGCUCAAUGUCUGACGAGUCCCCAGGUAUAUGAUAACCAAGAGCCACUGAGGGAGGAAGACUCCGAUUUCAUCCUGACUGAGGGCGAUCUCACCUUGACCUAUGGCGGCGACAGCACAGUGACUGCAAAUGGCUCCUCAGGCUCUCACUCAGCCUCCAUGAAUCUCGAAAACAAUCAAAGAACCAAAAGUGGCUCCAAAGAGGUGCUGGAACAAGGCCUGGGAAUGGCAGACCAGAAGAUUUCGAGCCGGGGCACCCGCCUAGUGUUUCCCCUGGAUGAUAAUGCAUGACUUUCCCCAUCAAGCCUUGAAGCAGUAGGGAGUAGAUCCACCAGUGGGGUGGAGUUGGCUACAAGCUCAGUGCUAUUUGAGGUGGGGCAUUGAUUGAAUGGAACUAAUAAUUCUUUUUUAUUGGGACCUGAAAAUAUCUUUUCCAAUUUAAACUGCAACCCAAGCUGCGGGUGGUAGGGCUGAAUUGUUGCUGAAGCAAGACAAGAGCAGACUCAUUCCCACUUUCCACAUAGUAUGCUGCUCAGAGUUAAAGCCAAGCAAAAAUAGCAUGCUUUUCUGGUCUCUUAAUUCAGUCAUUUGCUGUAACUAACCCAAGUAUGACAGGUGUGAGGCUUUUCUCAAAGGAGAGGCUUCCUAAACUCAUGCAGCUGUGAAAGGCUAGUUGCUUGUUAAAAUUGAAGAUAGAGGACGGAACAGACCAUGAAGGCAGGCAAUUGUGAUUGGACCCCAAAUGGGACACGUGUGAAUUGAGUGGAGGCUCCUCCAGCAAUGAGAAACCUCACAGCUGUAACCUCGGGUCAGAAUUACUGACGUUUUUUUUGCUACCUAUGUUUUUUCUAGACAGUUAUACAAUAGAUGCAUGAAUGUUUCACCAUAGAGGAAAACUGAUAAAUUCUUUCUCUGGAAAGAUGCAUAAAGAAGUUACUGAAAUGUUUACAACCAAAGGCAAAAUACUUUUGUGCUGUUGUUUUAGAAUUAACAUGAGAA